AUGCAUCUUUUGGCCAUCCCAAUCCUUUUUGGAAGCGCAGCCGCGCAGUUAUCCUAUGCCAGCAAUGCAGUGCCAUUCAACCCGAACUCUAAGGUCGUAGCUGCGAACUUCCCCGAUGUUGACGGAGAGCUCUACUCGCCCUCGUUCCUGAGACCCGAGGAUGUCGCCAAGGGUUUUGCCAACGGCACUUCUUCACCAGUAUCCCAGCAGUCACUAGAGCAGUUUCUUUGGACAUUGGCCUCACGCAAUGAGUGGAUGACGUACCACAACCCAGUCUUCAAGUCUGAGGAAGGCCGUUCGAUUCCAUAUGUUGUUCUGUCUUCCUCAAAAUCACUUCUUCAGACAACUCCCAUGAGCGGCAAUGGCACAAACAAGGUCCGCGUGUGGAUUAAUGGCGGCGUACAUGGAAAUGAACCUGCAGGAGAAGAGGGAGUGUUGGCUCUUCUUGGGAAAAUGGAUAAUGAGCCAGAGUGGACGCUUUCUAUCUUGGAGAAACUUGACAUCAUGGUGUUGCCGCGGUACAACCCGGACGGGUCCGCUUAUUUCCAACGGCUAUUGGCCACUAGCUUCGACCCUAAUCGGGACCAUACAAAGAUGGCCUCGCAGCAAACCAUUGAUGUUAAAGCUCUGAACCUCAAAUUCAACGCUCAUGUUCAUCUCGACUGUCACGAGUACGGCGCCAACCGGGCGCUGGUCCACGAGAACACCACAUACGUUCCCUCACAAGACAACCAGUUCUCAGCGUUCAAGAACCCAAACGUCCAUGCCGAUAUCCGAUCCAUAGCGGAGACCCUUUUCGUUCCUAAGGUUGUUAAAGCGCUGGAGGAGAAGAACUUGACCACAAACGGCUACGUUGUUGCUUCGCAGACUGAGGAUGGCAAUGGUAUCCGUCUCCAGGAUUUUGUCACUGACACACGUGGUGAAGUGACUGUGUUCAUGGGUCAAGGUAUCGCAUUGCUGUCGGAGACACGUGGAAUUGGCAUUGGAGAUGAAAACUUCAAACGCCGUACGACAGCUGGAAUGACCGCCGCCAUCAACGUCCUCCAGAUCGCAGCGGAUAACGCCGAUCUUGUGUACGAGACAGUAGAAGCUGCGAGAGCUGACUUCAUAACAAAUGACCAAGAGAUAAUCGUUCGCGAUCAACCGCGUUGGGAGAACACCACAUGGCCCUUCAUCAAUGCCGAGACGGGCGAGGUGACGGAUGUACCUGUCCUCUUUGGCAACAACACUCCUCCUGCCAGCAAUCUCACUCGCGCUCGACCGGAAGCGUAUAUCUUUAGUCGGGCGUGGUCAGGCGUGGCGGAGCGUCUCCGAGCAGUCGGUCUUGAGGUCAAUGAACUCGCCGUGGACUUUGAGGGUGAAGUAGAAGCAUACAACAUCACCGAAGCCACUUUAGCGCCACAGAAGUACGAGGGCAUUGCAUUGACGACAGUCAAUACGGAAAUGUUUACCAAGAAGGUGAAAUUUCCCAAGGGUGCUUACUGGGUCAGCACCAGACAACAAUAUGCGGCGCAAGCCUUUGUGCGUCUAGAGCCGGAGCAUCCUGAUGGCUUUGUGACGUUCAAUCUCCUUCCUGUAAGUACGGGCGAUGAGUACCAGGUUUAUCGAAUUCCAGCGAAUUAG